CAUUUUCAGUUUGAAAUUGAAAUUGAAAUUUCAAUGGCUGAAGAAUUCUCAACGGGAAUGGCAAUGGUACCACACGCAAUCUCCUCGAAGAAGCGUUCAGCAAAGAACGAAAAGCUCUGCCUCGAAGAUUACAUUCAUCUUCUUCACUCUCGCAACACCAAUGAUCUCACUAUGAAUCAACUCAAUCAGGUCAUUCGUAUUCACGGCUUCAAGAAAAUUCAUCACGCUCCUAAGAAAGUGUUGACUGAUGCUGUGGACGCGAUCGAUCUGGUGGAUCUACCACGAUCUACGCUUUCCGAGAGCAUUUCCGUGUUUGCUGUGCUGACGGUGGAGGAAGCUGUUGCAGAUCUCAGCGAUCUCAACUGGCAAGAGUGUUGUGUCACUUCUAUCCAGAAAUUCGGUUGCUGCGAGGAUCGGAGAUCGUUUCCUGCUUUGGUGGAUCAGAAUCAGUUGCAGUCACAAAGCCAUUGUCUCAUUCCUGAAACUUCUAAGCGUAAGCUAGAAGCUACAAAAUUGGUGCCAAGGCGUAAGAGGAGCAGUAUUCAAUCUCUUCACUCUUCCGCUUCGAUUGUUGAUUCUGCUUCGCUCGUUUCAUGCUGAACAAUUGACUCUACUAGUCUAUUGCUGUUUUCUCUAUCAGUUAUAGUAUAUGCGUGUUGUUCCAUUUAAUCAAUGUUAGAAGUGGAUUAUGAAGAUGUAAAUUGAGAGUUAAUAUGAUUCUUCAUGUUAUAUCAGUAUUAUACAUGUUCGGUGAGUUAGAGAAUCAGGAUACUGUUCUCUAUGACUGUCCUAAUUGUUAGC